AUGGAGGCGUCCGAGGCAGCACCGGCGGCGGCGGCGGCCGCUGCCGUGGAAGCAGAGGAUGUGAGCGGCGGGAAGGGCAGCUGGUACGUGCUCGGGGAGCGUGCGCUGAUGGUGCCGUACAUGCGGCAGCACGUGCCGCGGUACCACGACUGGAUGCAGGACCCGGCGCUGCUGGAGGCCACCGCGUCGGAGCCCCUCUCCCUCUCGCAGGAGUUCGAGGACAUGACAGUCUUUAUUUCUUUUGGUCCCAAUGACAACAAUAUGAUGCUGUCGUACACUUGUUUGCUGGCUGUUGACGGCUUUGCUCGGUCUUCCAUCAUGCCCAUGAGCUUCAUGACGAGUAUCUCGCCUCGCUUUGAGGCUGGCACGCGGGACAGUGGCUGGGCAGCAAUCCGUCGGCUUCUGGUGGGCAUGAACGCCUUUGGCUGCUCUGGCUCAGGAACCGCGAGUAGUGGAGAUGGCACCUUCCGCAGGAUUUUUGCGAUCGCGGAGAUAGAGAUCAUGAUAGCUGAACAUAAGAGCCGUGGAAAGGGAAUUGGUCAAGAAGCAAUCUUACUGAUGAUGGCAUUUGCAGUAGAGAAAUAUGGAAUUCACACAUUCAGGGCAAAAAUUAGUGAAUCAAAUACGGCAUCCCUUAAGCUCUUCAGAAAGUUGGGCUUCAAGGAUGCUUCAUACAGUGCGGUGUUUAAGGAGGUGACUCUGGAGGCAGCUGCUGACUCACUCCCGUUGAGAUUUCCUCUAACCAUUGGAGACUGGUGA